CGCGCAAUUACGCAACACCCCCGCCUGUCCUGUGCGCUAAAACCGGAUCAGCGUCUCUCCUCAGCCUCAUCGGUCCUGCACCUAACCUGACACCGGGCAGCUCUCAGCAGACAGACGGUCUUGUGACUCCAGAAAGUUCUAGUCGCCAUGGGAAAGGAGAAACUCCACAUCAAUAUUGUUGUGAUUGGCCAUGUGGAUUCUGGGAAGUCCACCACCACGGGCCACCUCAUCUACAAGUGUGGGGGCAUUGAUAAGAGAACCAUCGAGAAGUUUGAGAAGGAAGCUGCUGAGAUGGGGAAGGGGUCCUUUAAAUAUGCCUGGGUGCUGGACAAGUUGAAGGCAGAAAGGGAGCGUGGCAUUACCAUCGACAUCUCUCUGUGGAAGUUUGAAACUAGCAAGUACUAUGUGACCAUCAUUGAUGCCCCGGGUCAUAGGGACUUCAUCAAGAACAUGAUCACUGGGACCUCCCAGGCAGACUGUGCUGUGCUCAUUGUGGCCGCUGGUGUAGGAGAGUUUGAGGCAGGUAUUUCCAAGAAUGGACAGACCCGUGAGCAUGCCCUCCUGGCCUACACUCUGGGAGUGAAGCAGCUCAUUGUGGGCAUCAACAAGAUGGACUCCACGGAGCCAAACUACAGCCAAAAGCGUUAUGAGGAAAUUGUAAAGGAAGUGAGCACCUACAUCAAGAAGAUUGGCUACAACCCCGACACCGUUGCCUUUGUACCCAUUUCAGGCUGGAAUGGAGACAACAUGCUUGAGCCAAGCCCAAAUAUGACAUGGUUUAAGGGAUGGAAGAUCAAUAGAAAAGAAGGCAAUGCUUCAGGGACGACACUAUUGGAGGCCCUGGAUGCAAUCCAACCCCCCACCCGUCCAACAGACAAGCCACUACGUCUGCCUCUGCAGGAUGUCUACAAGAUAGGAGGUAUUGGCACAGUGCCUGUAGGCCGCGUGGAAACUGGCAUCCUAAAGCCUGGUAUGGUGGUGACCUUUGCCCCCGUCAAUGUGACGACUGAAGUCAAGUCUGUGGAGAUGCAUCAUGAGGCGCUGACUGAGGCCCUCCCUGGUGAUAAUGUUGGCUUCAAUGUCAAGAAUGUGUCAGUCAAGGAUAUCCGCCGAGGCAAUGUGGCUGGAGAUAGCAAGAACGACCCACCGCAGGAAGCUGCCAACUUCACUGCUCAGGUGAUCAUCCUCAAUCACCCUGGCCAGAUCAGUGCUGGUUACGCUCCUGUGCUGGACUGUCACACAGCUCACAUCGCCUGCAAGUUUGCAGAGCUCAAGGAAAAGAUUGAUCGACGCUCUGGAAAGAAGCUGGAGGACAAUCCCAAAUCCCUAAAGUCCGGAGAUGCUGCUAUUGUAGAUAUGAUUCCGGGAAAGCCAAUGUGUGUUGAGAGCUUCUCCGAGUACCCUCCACUCGGACGUUUUGCUGUGCGUGACAUGCGGCAGACUGUGGCUGUUGGCGUGAUUAAGGGAGUAGAGAAGAAGGUCUCCACUACCGGUAAAGUCACCAAGUCUGCCCAAAAGGCCCAGAGGAACAAAUGAAUGUUGUGCUACUCUGCCGACCCCAAGGUCUCCCAUGGCAGGACAUCGGUCAUUCAACUUCAUCCUACAAUUGGCUGCUUCAACGUAAUUAUAAAAGACUGGUUAAUCAUCACAAUGCAUCGCAAAAGCAUUCGAAGGAAAGAAUGACAUUCAGAUCUGAAGUCCUUGAGGCGGCACUCCUGACUCCAUUUCAGUGGUUAGAUUACCAUUACGUACAAUGUAAUAUCAAACAGGUAGUUUUAAUUGUGCACUGUUGAUUUGAUUCAUGGCAAUACUUUUCUGUGAUAUUGAUAUUCAGACAUUGAACUGCUAGAGGUACAGAAAUGUAUCAACCCUUCAGCUGUCUGGAGUGCAGGCACUGGUCUCUUAGUGUGGUACAUGUUGUCUUGCUUUUAGUGUUUGUUUGCAAAUACAUGGUUCUCUGUAGGAGCCUUAGGCAAGAGUUUAAACUAGUUCUUUCCAGAAGUAGAUUAAUAGAACUUUGUGAUUUGUUGUGUUUAAGCUUUUAAUAGCACUUAAAACAAUUGUUUCAAAUGUAUCCUUCCCAGGGGGACUCUGUGUGGACCACCUGCUGAUUCUUAAAGCACUUUGAUUGGAGUUUUGCUAACUUUGCACUGGCACUGAAGAAGCUUAAAUUGGCAUAAGCUACUGCACCUUACUGUGAGAUGGCAUGAGCCUCUUUGCAACAUUAAACAUGUUUCAACCAAAAUCUUUUGCUGGUGUCUCAAACAUUUCUUUCAGAGUGUUUGUGUUGCCAACCAGGUUACUGUUUUUAGUAAGGAAGAAGUAUUAAAAGCAGAGUGCAACUUUGAGAUGGACAAGGCUUUGAAGGCCACGAGUGCUCAGAUCAUCUCACAAGACACACCAAAGGACACUCAAAGUUGAGAAAAAUGUCUUUCCAAUUUGUCAAGUAAGCA